AUGGGUUUAAGCCCCAGAAUUUGUCAUUUUUUGACAUUUUUCCAACUUUUCGCCGGAGUUUUUUCGAUGUUUGAUUGUUUUAGUGGAUUUGUGGGACGAGUUCAGGUAAGUUCAGUUUUUUGCCACGUCAUAGAUCAGCAUUUUCGCGUUAAAGCCAAAAAUUUCGAGCAGCGACCUUUUCACCAACAUUUUCCCCAGCGUGCACGUGAGAGAAGAGAGAUAUGGCCGAGAGGUUAGCAUUUUUGACUUCCGUGCAUAAGACCCGGGUUCGAAUCCCUCUGCACGCGAAAAUUAAAAAAAAAUAUUUUUUUAACAUUUCGCCGCAAUUUAUUCAAAUUAGCCUAACUCUUUUUGAGUUGCGCAAUUUUCACCCACAAUAAUAAUAAUAAUAAUUUUUGGCGCAACAAAAAAAUUUGCAUAAAUAAUUUUUGGUGCGAAAAUUUGGAGGAUGGAGAAGAAAGUCGUAAAAUUUUCCCUUGGGAAUUUUUUGAUUGAAUUUUAGCGCAAUUUUUUUUCUUUUUUUAUGAAAUACUUAUUGUUAGUUAGGCUUAGGAGGGGAGAAAGGAACAAUGGGCGAAAAUUCGAAAAUUUUCGUUGCAGGGCUCAGUAGGCACCGAUUUUUUGAAUCUCAACGACACUGCAAAUUGCGCAGCAUCUUACUGUAUCAAAGUCAUCAUCCAUUCCGCAAUUGAUGACGGUGGGUCUCGCCGCGAUACAGUAAUCCUAGAUAUUUUUUUCCAGAAGGAAUUUAUCAACAGGGAAUUUCAUCAAGAUGCGCCUAUACUGGUGGAGACAGGCAAAUUUGCUCAAAAACCCGGGGCACUUGUGAAAAAAUCGGGUUUUAUGAUGGAAUGCGUGGAAAUGUGAGUGCGACACGGUUUUGAGGGCGUGGUUUAUGCAAAAAUAUGCCUCUUGGUUUCAAAAUUCUCCAAAUUUCACCAGGAACAUUGAUUUCACUAAGCCCCGCCCCAAAACCAUGCCGCACACUCUAUAACCUGAAUUUCAGUUCUCAUUUUGCUGCUGUCAAUCGAAUUUUUGCAACGUGGCAACUCGCGCCGACUUGAACGAAAUCUACACAAAAAAUCAACGAACGUCCCGAAAAAAUUCCGAUUUUCGAGAGAAUUUUUCGAAAACUCCGCACUUUUCCGUGGUUUUCAUUAUUUCGACGAUUUUAUUUUUCAAAUUAUGA